GCAGCUGCCCUCGGCACUUUGGUGUCGGCGGCCUCCACCAGCUGGAUGAGCCGGAAGAUCAAGCAGCUGGAGAACGAGAAUCAUCGCUUGGUGAGGCAGGCUGCCUUACAAAAGACAAGGGAAGCGACAUUCCGGUCUCACUUACACGAGUUCUUCACUGUGGACCAACUGGCAGCUCUAUCGAGAUCCAACAACAGGGGGUCCAAGUGGUCUAAUGAGACGGUGAAGAAGUCGCUGCAGAUGCGAUCUGCAUGUGGCAGCUUGGGCUACGACUUGCUACUGGAGGGGAGCUUCCCAUUGCCGUCGUCUAGAACUCUAGGGCGGCGGCUUGAAGGUGAGCACUGCCCUACGGGUCCUCAGUCACUCCACGGCCACUGCCCUGCGCUUCCUGGUGGAGAAUCAUGGCUGGAGCACCAACUUCCUCACCACGGCUUGGUUCUUGGAACAGUACCUGAAGGCGUCCAAGGCAGGGUCCUACGAACUGGACGAUGCCUCCUUUUACCUGGCUGACCUCGCAGACUUGGAUGUACAACCUGCUGUGCCCACCGACAUUUUUCUUGAGGAGGUAGAACUCGCCAUGUCACAACCUGAGGAGAAUAGCUUUGACUAUUACGCGGGUAUGUGGUACGAAGAGUUGUAAAACAUAAUGCUACAUGUGACACGUGUGCUGCAGCUGUUCAAGUCCCCAUGGCACCUGCAAAUAGCCUCCUCAGGCUAAAGAGUUAUGUCCCUGACGCUCUGACCUGCCCCUCUGAAGCUGCACGCGCCCUCUUCACAAUUUGUGAAAGUGUCUUUCGCAGCCUCAUUGCGGAUUUGAUGCAUGCACGGGGCAUCCUGGACGGCCUAUCGGCGAGGAUGGCUGCAGAGAGCCAAUGUGUUCAGCUGCCCGACUGCCAUGAAAUCAAAAUGAAGCUCAUCAGGCGAUUCUGCCAUGCACGGCUGCAACUGUUCCUGCGGGAAAAAAGUCGCGAGUUGGCGGCUGGGGCAGCUGAACGCAGGGACUUCGGCAGUCGAUGGCAGGACCUCGGAAAACCAAUUAGUGUUUUAGAUUGCCUUAGUUGAUGAAACUGUUGUCCCGUUCUCAUUUUGUUUUUACUUUGCUUUCUUCUUUGUGUUAAGGGCAGCUUUCAUUUUUUGC